CACCCACCGUUCCUUCCUUUUCAAUUGAACCCUAAUCAGCAAUUCGUGCAUGUUAUAACCCGAUUCCUACCUGGGACGAUUAUAUCCACACACGUGAGGCGAUCGUAUGAUUCGUAUGAAGUUGGUCCCCAAUUGAGAAGCACAUCGCUCAUACUGAUUCGAUUUUUCUAUCUCCCUCCCUUUUCAAAACCCUAAUCAACCAAAAUUGAAACCCUAACUGGAUAAUCACCGUGAAUUCUUGGGUUGUCAGGCAUGGCCGGAGCUCCCAGAGACCAGGCGCUCGCUCUCCUCGCCGCCGCCAACAACCACGGCGACUUGGCGGUGAAGAUGUCUUCUCUAAAGCAGGCUAGAGACAUUCUAUUGUCCGUAGAGACGUCCUUGGCAGCCGAGCUUUUCCCCUACUUGGUCGAGCUCCAGUCCUCCCCCGAAAGCCUCGUCCGCAAACUGCUCGUCGAGGUGGUUGAAGAGGUUGGGUUGAAAGCAAUGGAGCUUUCUUCGGUGCUAAUGUCUGUGUUAUUGGCACUUGUAAGAGAUGGCGACUCCAUUGUUGCAAAGCAAUGUAUUGUUAGUGGCACGAAUUUCUUCUGCAGUGUUCUGGAGGAGUUGGCAUUGCAGUUUCUCCGCCGUGGUAAAGUUGAGAGGUGGCUUGAAGAGCUUUGGACGUGGAUGGUUAAGUUCAAAGACUCCGUCCUUGCCAUUGCAUUGGAGCCUGGUUCUGUUGGGACAAAGUUGCUGGCUUUGAAAUUUUUGGAAACGUAUGUUUUACUUUUUACGUCCGACACCGAUGAGUUGGAAAAGCCUGUCACAGAAGCAAAUAGGCGGGCUUUUAAUGUGUCGCGGCUGGUUGGUGGUCACCCUGUUCUGGACCCAGUUAUGCUUAUGUCAGAAGCAGACAGAACUCUUGCCAAUCUAUUAAAUUUGUUGCCUUUGUCCAAUGGCCUCCCUGGUUCAUUGACAAUAACUGUUAUUAACUGUCUUGCAGCCAUAGCAAGGAAGAGGCCAAUCCACUAUAGUACUGUUCUUUCUGCUAUGCUUGAUUUUGAUCUAAACUUUGAGACGGUCAAAGGAUGUCAUGCUGCCAGUAUCCAGUAUUCCUUAAGAACUGCGUUUUUGGGAUUCCUAAGGUGUACUUAUCCAGCCAUCAUAGAGUCAAGAGAUAGAUUGCUCAGGGCUCUCCGGGCUAUGAAUGCUGGGGAUGCUGCUGAUCAGGUUAUCCGGCAAGUUGAUAAAAUAAUUAAAAAUAGUGAGCGCGCUUCACGUGAUGCUCGGUUGGGCAAGGACGAUCAAUUAUCAAGCCAGCUGCCUGUAUCAGGUGAUCUGUUUAAAAAAAGGUCUUUGCCUUUUGAUAAUGAAGAGCUAGCUAAUGGUCAUGAGGCAGGUUCCAAGCGAAUCCGUUAUGGUCCUGACCAGUUGGCUUUGCCAGUUCAAGUAAAUGAUGCUGGGCAGGAUUCUUCUCUUCUUAAUGGAGUAUCUCCCACAUUGCAUGGUCAAUUGACUCCUGUGGAACAAAUGAUUGCCAUGAUAGGUGCUUUGCUUGCUGAAGGAGAAAGAGGUGCCGAAUCACUUGAAAUCCUUAUUUCAAAAAUCCAUCCUGAUCUGUUGGCCGAUAUUGUCAUAACAAAUAUGAAGCACUUGCCAAAGACGCUUCCACCUUUAACAAGGCUUGGGAACUUGCGGCAAAUAGGUUCUGUAAGUAGCCCAGCCCAGGUUGUUUCAAUCUCUGCUCCAACCAAUUUUGAGGAAUCUUCAGAUGUCAGUGCACAAGCACCUCUUUCUUCAACUACUGCAACUAGUUCAACAUUGUCUGAUACACCUCCGGUCAAUAAUCUCCCUGCUGAUUCUAAACGUGAUCUGCGUAGGGAUCCCCGUCGGCUGGAUCCACGGCGUGUAGUAGCCCCAGUUGGGGCACCUUCAAUUUCUGUUGUGGAGGACACUGGGGUUGUGCAAUCUGAGUUUGACACUAGUAUUUCUUUGAGUAAACCUAUUUCACUUGCUGUUACAACCAGUCUUGAAAAUCCUUCUACAUCUCUCAUGUCCAAGAUUAGAAGUGAAGAUAAGAUUGUGAAUAGUCCAUUGGUUUCUGGCGCUGAUCAGCUAACUCCCAAAAAGGAGGUUCUGGAUAAAACCGAGGAAAUUGACCCAGUCACAGAGGUUACUCCUUCAGAUCCCGCACCUUUCCCUGCUAACAAAGUUGAUGAGGACUCAGUUGCAUUGAAGUUGUCGGAUGUUGUAGUGGCAAAUGGGGCUGAUAAAUUGUCUUUUCUAGAAUCUGAUCAGAAUUCUCCAACUGUUUCAAACGCAUCUGCAUCUGAAGAUACCUGUCAGGAUUUACCUCUGCUUCCGUCAUAUGUAGAGCUGACCCAAGAGCAAGAAAGAAGUGUGAGGAAAUUGGCAAUUGAACAAAUUAUUGAAUCAUACAAGCAUUCAUGUGGGACUGAGUGUAGCCACAUGCGCAUGGCAUUACUUGCACGAUUGGUUGCUCAGAUUGGUACUGAUGAUGAUGUUGUAACAAUGCUGAAAAAUCAUGUUGUCAUGCAAUACCAAUGGCAAAAGGGGCAUGAGCUUGUAUUACAUGUCUUGUAUCAUCUGCACACUCUCAUGAUCUUGGAUUCUGCGGAGAACUCUUCGGUCGCUGCUGUUGUGUACGAGAAGCUCCUCUUGGCAGUGGCCAAAUCUUUGCUGGACUCUUUUCCAGCUUCAGACAAGUCUUUUAGUAGACUUUUUGGUGAAGUCCCACUUUUGCCUGACUCAGCCUUGAAAUUAUUAUUUGAACUCUGCUAUGCUGAUGUUACUGAUCCCCUUGGGAAAGAUGAACGUGAUGUUGAGCGUGUUACUCAAGGCCUUGGUGCUGUCUGGAUUUUGAUUUUGGGACGCCCACUUAAUCGGCGAGACUGCUUGGAUAUAGCUUUGAAGUGUGCUGUUCAUCCACAAGAUGAGAUCCGAGCCAGAGCAAUCCGGCUGGUGGCAAACAAACUCUAUCAACUUAGCUACAUAUCCGAAAGUAUUGAGCAAUUUGCAACAAAUAUGUUGCUGGCUGCUGUAGAUCAGCAUAUUCCAGAUAUAGAACUUUCACAGUCUGGGUCCACCGAGCAUAGAGUCCAAGGGGAGGUUGAAAACCAGGAAACAUCCACUAGUGGUUCUCAGGUUUCAGAGCCCAGGACUUCUGAGAAUGACUUCACGAGGAGUGCACAAUCAUUAGUGCAGAACACUUCAACUAUGUCGUUAGCUGAAGCUCAACGACUCAUUUCUUUGUUUUUUGCUUUAUGUACAAAGAAACCCAUUCUUCUUCAACUUGUAUUUAAUAAUUACUGCCAAGCUCCAAAAUCUCUAAAGCAGGCUUUUCAUCGCCAUAUCCCCAUUCUUGUAAGGUCCUUAGGGUCAUCUUGUUCUGAAUUGCUCCAUAUAAUAUCUGAUCCACCCAAAGGAAGUGAAAAUCUUUUGACGCUGGUGUUGGAAAUAUUGACUCAAGAGACAACGCCUUCUUCUAAUCUGAUAGCCACUGUUAAACAUUUAUAUGAAACUAAAUUAAAGGAUGUCACAAUUCUUAUUCCAAUGUUGUCAUCACUUUCCAAAAAUGAGGUUUUACCUAUUUUCCCUCGGCUUGUUGACCUUCCAUUAGAAAAGUUCCAGAUGGCGCUUGCUCACAUACUACAGGGUUCAGCUCAUAUGGGUCCAGCUUUAACUCCUGUGGAAGUGUUGGUCGCCAUCCAUCACAUAGUUCCUGAGAAAGAUGGCCUUGCACUUAAGAAGAUAACAGAUGCUUGCUCAGCCUGUUUUGAGCAACGCACAGUCUUCACGCAGCAGGUCUUGGCAAAGGCAUUGAACCAGAUGGUUGAUGAAACUCCUAUACCUCUACUCUUCAUGAGAACAGUGAUUCAGGCAAUUGAUGCUUUUCCUAAACUGGUUGAUUUCGUGAUGGAGAUUCUUUCCAAACUUGUGAACAGACAGGUGUGGAGAAUGCCUAAGCUGUGGGUAGGAUUUUUGAAAUGUGUCUCUCAGACGCAGCCACAUUCUUUUGAUGUGCUGUUACAGUUGCCAGCACCACAACUUGAAAGCUCUCUGAAUAAACACUCUAAACUUAGAGGUCCCCUUGCUGCCUAUGCAAGGCAGCCAAGUGUUAGAACCUCAGUACCUAGAUCGACACUAGCAGUUCUUGGUCUUGCAAAUGAAUCGAAUAUGCAACAACCUCAUGUCUCAUCAUCUUUGCACUCUUCUGACAACGCAAGUUCUUCAGUUCAAGGAGCAACUCCAACGUGAUAUAAGUAGAAAGCCUGAGGUUUUGCAAAUUGACCCUCUGUGUUUAAACCUGCAGUCAACAUUGGUACCACUGGUUCCAGUUGUUGGAAACAAAUUUGUUGCUCAUAGAGCGGCCGAUUGCUUGGAUAUUUGACUGCUGCUGACCUGUUGAACCAACAUGAAACUAGACCAGUCCGGUAACGUGGGAUCGGGAUGACGAUUCUAUCGCCAAAGGAAUCCUCCCGCCUGCAACUGCCCUGAGGAAUGUACCAUAGUUACAAUUCUAUCUUAUUUCCAAUUUCUUUUGUAGUUUCAUUCUUUCAAAUUUUUUUCAAUUUUUUUUUAAUUUUCUGCCUCAUCUGGGGCAGUUUAAGUAACAUAUUUUGUUGAGUAGUCGCUUAGAAUACAGUUGAGGCUGUCACAGGCCCCUUUGUGUAAUAUAAGUUGUAAUUUUUGAUAAUUAUCCUCCAUGUUUUGUGUACAA